AUGGCACGGCAAGGUGUAUUUUACCCCUUCGGACCAGGGGAUUCAUAUUCCGCUCGUGCCGAUGAUGGCUGGGCCUUCACUAACAUAGCACAACCAUUUACCUAUUUCGGUUAUACAUCAUCCCAGAUAUACGUUAACAGCAACGGAUUUCUCACUUUUGACAGUGGAUCGUCAAGAUAUAGUCCAUACCGAUUUCCUGGUGGAACCCGCAACAUCGUUUCCCCAUUCUGGACUGACCUUGAAAAUCGAUAUAGCGGCACUAUAUCCUACCGCGAGUACAACAGUGGCAGUGUUCUCCAGCAAGCUUCCACAGACAUCAACCUGUACUUCCCUGGAAUAAGCUUCUCAGCCUCCUGGGUCUUUGUUGCAACAUGGGACAAAGUGGAAUAUUACUGGAGCUCUGGAACAGAAAUCUCAUUCCAAGUGGUCCUGAUCUCAGAUUAUGAAAGGUCAUUUACACUGAUGAAUUAUGGUGCCAUUUCAGCGACAGGCCUAAAUGUGCAGGCUGGCUAUGACACCAUCAAAUCAACACAUCAUUUCUCAAUCCCUGGCUCCUUCAUGAGCAACAUCACCGAUUUCAGGAACACUAGCAACGUCAACAGGCCAGGUCGCUGGGCCUUCCAGAUUAAUGGUCUGUAGCUCACACACGGCUUCUGCCUUUUCUGCAUUUAUCUGUUGGCAGUGGCGUAAGG